AUGGCGGCCUAUUCAAGGUGGCUUAUUAGAUGGUGUAUUAUUGGUAUUAUCAGUAUUGGUGCCAGUGGCGGAGGUUCGGGUGUAUCGGUUUCGACACAGGCGGACAUAGCACAUUCGGCAAAAGGUUACGAAUCGGAGGAUGAAAACGCGGGCAGAAAGCGGCAGAAGGCCAGCGACGAUCGGCCAACCAGCAGAACGACAAUGUAUUCCAAACAGGAAUUUCGAGAGCAGUACUGCAUCAACAACAAACAAUUGGACUUGUUGGAGUUGGAGAAGUCCAAAAAAGACAGAUUUCUCGGCUGUCUCUCACAAUAUCACAUCGAGAGCCCCUGCUCCAGAACCAAUAGAGCAUCAUUUUUAUCCGUGUGCGUCCGUCGGCGAGUGCCCUCAGAUGAGAAUCUCAACACCGAUUAUGCGCCCAUCCAGAGAUACCCAAGGUUCGGGCAGCCGUCGCCCGCGCCGCCCGAGCUGUGCGCCCAUGACGCAGACCUUGAGUGCUCAUACUUUAGACGACGCCCCCGGUCUGUUUGUAGCCAGCCGGACCCAAAGCGGUACACCUGGAUGCCUGAAGAUGAAGAUUUCACGAGAAUGGAAUGGCCUCAAUCGGUAAUGGAAGACAACGCUGGUUGGCCUCAAGGUUACAAUGCAGACCAAAUCGCGUCUGUUGGCCGUGGAGGGUCUUUACCCAGACCGCCCUCUAUAAUUCCCUGCCCUGCCCACACUCCGAUACCUCCGCCACCCCCACCACCGCCUCUCACCAUACCACCGCACAGAACAAAACACGUAUCAUUUGCUCGUUCGCAUACACUGACCACUUUCGACGAUUCAGUUAUGCCAGCUGCAGUCAGCGGUCGUUACCGACGAGAUUGCGAGAGACUGAUCGAUGGACGCGUUGUUAAGCAAGAAAACAAACCGUACGCGACACUGCCAAUAAUGUUCCAGCCAUUUCCACCGUAUCCCCAAUAUAUGGCACAGCCGCCAGCUCCAAUACAUUACCCGCCGCCAAUAACACCGUUACCGGCUCAUGCACCAACUAUAAUACGUCCCACACAAACUGAAGCUCCGAAAGUUGUUGUUUUAGAUUCAAUAAAAAAGGGUGUAAUGAGGACACAAGCUACUCAGACUGAGGUUUGCCUGGGACGAAAACCUCUUCCACCUAAUUAUUUAUCAUUAAGUCCUCGAACUAUUAAGAGGGUAAAAAUGGUAGCAGCAGGAGUUCAGACAAAUGGUUUUACUGUGGGUGUAAGAAGAUUAACUAAAUCAUUUUCGGAGGUCGGCGGAGACCGGUUAGUUGGUCGAGAAGGACAAAAUGAAGUUGUUAACGCUAUUGAAAGUUUAAUUGGUCCAGAACAUGAAAAAUUGCAUAGAACCCAAUCGGAAGAACCGCCACGAUCUCCACGAUCUCCCACUGUGGUUCCUUCUUUUCCCUUAAUGCAAAGAGGAGACUCUGAUGACGUUACUUCAUCAUCUGUAAAGUCACUGGCAUCAUCAUCACAGGUUGACAAAACGUCAGAACUUAGCGUCUUACAAAAGCAAACUCAAGAAUUUUUUCAGCAAAACUACCAAUUCAUCCAUGAAAGCGAUCGAGAUGACACCAUUGAUGACGAUAUACAAACUAUAGAGAAAAGUAUGGCUUUAAAUAGGCGCAACUUAGAAUAUUUACAGCAGGAAAUAGCUAAACAGGCCAAAAAUGAAAGGUCGCUUCGAUCCAUAUUAUCUAAAAGCACAAGUGAUGCUUCACAGAAGACUGUAAAUUCUUCUCAUGUUAUCUCGAAAACAUCUACGUUCCAAUCAGAACCCUCAACCGAAACUUCAGCUACUACUACCGACGAUAGUGAGAAAAAUGAAAAAGAAAUAAUUAUCGAUUUUGAACCAAGGCCUGAUGAUGAAGCCAUUCCAUUUACAACAUUAAAGAGAAAAACAAAAAGAGUUCUGCAAAAAACACUAUCCGAAGGAGAAAUAUUGCUUGACUCAAGAAAAACUGAAAUAAAUUCAAGUACGGAAGGAAUAAAAGAUGCGCCCAUAGUUAUGUCUACUAGUCAAGAGAACAUGACAAAAGAAGAUCGUGAACGUGAAGCCUUAUACAAGCAAUACAUUGCCCAAAACUAUAAUCAGACGCCGAUAAAAGAUGAAGGUAUCUUCGGUUUUGAACCUGAUGGAUCUUUCAGUUCUUCAGAUGGAAAUGCACCAUAUGAGGACUUUCAUGAAAAGUAUAUUAGUUACAAGCAUGAACCAUUUAGAAUUCGAAGCGUAAGUUUUGAGGAAAAAUCUGAAAGAUGUGAAAGGGAAGAAAUUCCUUUGGACAGCACUGCAAAAUCGAGUCCAGCGUCACCAGAUCCAGUAACCUGUGAUGUCGAAGUAGAACAUAAAUCAAAACGCUCGGUGAUAACUAACACUGUUACUACAAUACUUGCUCCUCUUGAUAAACUCUCACCGUGUGCUUCCAGUGAAUCUCUUACAGUUGACCAUAGCAGAGAUCACUCUGAUAGUAUGUGGAAUGAGUCACAAACAACAGUACUACAAGUUGAUUCUGGGACAGAUAAUGGAACAGUUAUAAGUUCUUCCGAUCUCAGUUCUUUAGCUACGUCACCGGGUGCUUUGGCAUUAUUGACUCCAACUUCUAGAAGAAAACAAUUAUUACUAUUGCAACACCAACAAAGAUCUUCAUUAGACACAGAUGCAUUAGAUGAAGAAUUUGACGCAUCACAGAGUCAGUCACCAACAUCACCUCGAAAUAAAUUAGAUACAUCCAGUUCAAGCUCCGCGCAACCGACAAGAGCUUCACUGUCUCCACCUGCUGUUGUUCCAAAUAUUCAACUACCAAUAACAAAGCAACCAACGGUUUCUAAAAUUUUAUCUCCAACGGCUCCUAUUAAGCUUAAUCAUACUCCAGCUAUUGCUAUCACUCAUCCUAGUUUGGAUUUAUCUGAUGUGCCAUUUAAAAGAACUCCAAGUUUCAUAAAUAAAAAACGAGAAAGAGCACUUAGCCCUUCACGAAGACAGGAUUUGAGAAGAGCUCAACAAAAAGAACCAAACGGAGCAAUUCCCAAUAAAAUUUUGGAAUCUCCUACUGAACCCCCAUUAUCCAAGCCCGCUAGCAGCGAAACAAGUUUAGCUAGGACUGAUUCCGGAAAAAUUAAUAAUACAGAUGUGUCUGAAAGUACUACAACAACUGAAGAUUAUGUGACUGCCAAUUCUGACAGCUCUAAAAAAAGCAAUAACAAAAAUCAUAAUCAUAAUUCUGAAAAUAAUAACAAAGUCCAGGAGGGAUCAUCUUUUGAAAGCGCUUCUAGUUUGUAUUCGUCGACAAAAACUGAUAAUGUUGCUGAAGAUUUAAUAGUCCCAAGCUUUUCACCUCCUUUAGAAAUAAGUGAUGAUUUUAUGGUGCCGAACUUAUCUUCCCCACCAUUGCCUUUAUCAGAAAGAAUACCAAAACCGUCUGUAGAGAGAUUUGAGGUAAAAGUUGAUAUUACACCUAUUGCUGAUUCAAAUAGAAGAAACAAGACUGAUCCUAUUAAGCCAAAAGACGACCUUCCAAGGAAACCUAAUAUUGGUGCAAGUCGUGAUGCCAUCAGCGGAAAAAGUAGUUCAAGUGGUAGUUACAGCAUAGGCGGAUCGAAUCCAAAUGUAACCGAGCCUAGUGAUGAAAAAAUUAAUAAAGAAAAGGUAAAGAACGCUCCGGAAACAAUAGAUAAACAAGAUAUGAAACUUAAGGAAGAGAAAAAAGAAUUAAGGACUAAUAACCGAAGGGAACAAUUCGUUCCCAAAUUGGUGGGGUCCCUAUCAGAUGAUGAGAGAAGUGUGCAUUAUUCAUCUUCAGGUUAUUAUGAGAGUCCAAUAGAGGAUGAUGAUGAUGGAGGUUUAACUUACAAGCACUCCCAAAAAUACAGAUCAUCGAACAGGCCAAAAGCUUGGUUAUCAGAAGAAAAAAGAAGAAAGAAAAAAGCUUUCACAUUAGAGUUCUCUAAAUCUUAUGAUGAUUCAAUAUCUACCUCUCAAGAUGAUUGGGGACAAAAGAGUAAAGAACCAGAUAUUGUCCGACCAGAACGUAAUGUUUUUAAAUAUAGUUCUAUGAAAUCAUCGCUAGAAGAAAAAGUUAGUGACAUACGUAAAAAGAAAACUCAUUUUAUAGAGAAACCUAAAAGUGUUCAAUCGUCUCCACGAGAACCGGUGGAUAUAGAAAAGUCUAUUAAAGAGAAAAUGUUAAAAGAAAAAGAUAAUGCCAAUAAGAGGCCAGUAGAAAGGGAGAGAUAUGUAAAACGCACUAAGCUCAAGGCAAAAAGCCCGACGCAAAAUAAAUCAAUUGAUAACAACUAUAGACAAUCUCAUUAUGACCGUCGUGAUACAUUGGGUUCAAAUAUCAAAUUGCAUCUUAACAUUCCGACAUCUGACGAUUCAAGUGAGCAAUACAGAAAAGAUGGACUUGGCAAUGGAAACGUUUCUCCUAGAAAACACAGGCGAUUACGUGAUAGUCCCAGAAGAAAAACGGGAUCUAAUUCCAAUAACGCUAAGUCACCAACAUCAAAUAAUCAUACUUGUUACAGACCCAGAAGAAAAAGUGGAUCCAACGAAAGCAUAUCACUACCAGGAAGCCUGCCACGUAGAAAGCAAUCUAUACCGACAGUUCCAUGCUUAAGUUCUUUAGAAGCUGAAGAUAUUGAAGCUGCGAGAGCUCUCUCAAGAGCUGGUUCAAGGCUAACACCUCUAAGAUACCUCAAAAGUCCUACUGCUUUACCGAGGAGUAAAAAAUCAGAAAAAGUUUUUGUAACAACAGAGGGAAAGUUUGCAAAGGCGGCCUCAGCAGAGUCCCUACGUUCCGUUUCACCAGGAUCCGACUCCGUCUUCUACUCAGAACACACAGAGCAUGGCGAUGGUGACGAGGCUCGUGCGCACUGCCUGCACUGUGGGAAGGAGGUGCAUAUUGUGACUGCAGCCAACGAACACGAUGCUAGUGCUUCGAGAACUUCACAAACUGAUGAGUCCUAUGCGGAUGCAACGCCAGACAUAGUACCAGCACCCGCUGGUUUUGCUGACUCGCCCUCUUGUGGAGCCGCGAAAAAGCCUGCAAGCGGAGCUCGUUUGUAUAAGAAGCUUGACAAAAGAUAUCGAUCCGAAGAUAAAACCAAACAUCAUUAUAGACAUCGUCAAGACGUUCGAGCAAAGUCGGAAGAAAGGGGUAAAGAUGUGUAUGAAGGGAUCGAAAAGCCUCAAGAUACAAGAAUUGCUCGAUCAGCUGGUAACAGUCUUGACAAGCUUGCUACUAAUACUUCGGGUGAUCCGGAUGAACCAGAAGAAUGUUCUGGCAGUUCCGAAGGUGUUGAUGAAGAGAAGGGAGUUUAUGCGACACCGUGGUGGUGCGGUAACUGGAUAUUGUUAUCCGAAAACAAUGAUAAUUGGUCUCGAAUACCUCCAGAUGCAUUACAACAACAAAAAGAAGAUCCUACAGAUUCGGAGACGGAAUUCAACAAACGGUAUGUCGCUCUGACGCACCGCCUAGUUCACCGCAGGGCAUGUAUUGAACUCAAUAAACGACAGGCGGACAACAGUUUCGAAAGUGACAAGACAGUGGUAGUAAGACGGGGCAAUGAGGAAUUCGGAUUCAGGAUACACGGGAGCAAGCCAGUCGUGGUGUCAGCAAUCGAACCAGACACGCCCGCUGAAUCUUCGGGCCUUGAAGUAGGGGACAUAAUCAUAUCAGUUAACGGAAUCAACGUUUUGGAUAAAACGCACUCCGAAGUGGUGAAGAUUGCUCAUUCUGGUUCUGAAAUACUGGAAUUAGAUGUUGCCAGAACUUGUGAGGUUGUCGCAACUCUAGCCCACGAGACGGGUGCAGCAGCUCUUUACUCCGGAUAUCUCUGGAGAGCAGCCACUUCGCGGAAUCAUCAACGAUGGACCAGACGGUGGUUUGUGCUGAAGAGGGACAACUGCCUUUACUAUUACAAGACGGAUUCUAGUAUUCAUCCCGUCGGAGCGCUGAUGUUAGUAAACUACCAGCUGACGGAGGAAGACGCUGGUCGUCCACACGGAUUCCGCCUUCAGCGAGGUGGUGGUACACGGCUUACACUCGCCGCUGACAGUGCAGAGGCGGCCGCUCGCUGGCAGGCCGUACUGGCUCACGCUAUUGAUGCCAGUAACCAGAGAGAUGGCUGGUUAGAGGUGACUAUGAGAAAUAUGAAGCUUCCACCAUCAUCCAUUCCACGACCAGACUGUUUUGGAUAUUUGAUGAAACUGGGCUCUAAAUGGAAGUCUUGGGCCAAAAGAUAUUGUGUACUUAAAGACGCCUGUCUUUACUUUUACAAUGAAGGCAAUAGUAAAAGCGCUUUUGGAAUGGCCUGCUUACAUGGAUACAGAAUACAGACAAGCUCUACUGGUGGCAAGAAGUACGCCUUCGAAGUUACUCCCACUGAGCCUAAGCAAAGACACUUUUACUUCCACACCGAAUCUGAAAUGGAUAGGAAGCGAUGGAUGGCAGCUCUGGAGUAUUCGAUAGACCGAUGGAUGAAGGCGGGUUGACGACGACAGUCUUCUUCAGAUUCGUUCGAAAUCAUGUAAAACAAAAUAUAGCUUAUUUAUUUAUUAUUA